AUCCUGGCCCAAUGCCUUAGGAGCCAUAACAAGGGAAAAGAACAUACUCGCCUCAAGAUAACGUUUGGGAUAUUUAAAUGUGUGGGUUAAUUUUUUAUCCACUUCAAUAACUGUUUUUUUUUUUUUUUCUUCUUCUUCCGUCUACGUCUACUUCCCUGCUCUCUGUUUUUGCUCUGAAGCUGCAGGCACACAGCUCUCUGCAGGCCAAAUCCCCCAGAGCCUACUGCCGGACUCUACUGCCUUAGAGACUAGUUCAUCUGCUGUACCUGGGUGGCUGUCCCUUCUCCGAUAUGGCAGGUGUGAGUGGCUGUUUAAAAUAUACCAUGUUUUUCUUCAACUUCUUGUUCUGGGUAUGUGGUACAGUGAUUCUGGCACUAGCAAUAUGGAUAAGAGUCAGCAAGGAUGGUAAAGAGAUCGUCACUUCUGGAAGCGCUGACACAAACCCUUUCGUUGCUGUGAAUAUCUUGAUUGCAGUUGGAGCCAUCAUCAUGGUUCUGGGUUUCUUGGGAUGCUGUGGAGCUGUGAAAGAAAGCCGCUGCAUGCUUCUCUUGUUUUUUAUCUUCUUGCUCCUGAUUCUGAUUCUGCAAGUGGCAGCAGGUAUCUUAGGAGCUGUUUUCAAAUCUGAGUCUAGCCGAGUUCUGAAUGAAACUCUCUAUGAAAACUCAAAGCUUUUGGCUGGCAUGAGUGAGGAGGCCAAAGAAUUCCAGAAGGCCAUGAUUGCAUUUCAAGAAGAGUUUAAAUGCUGUGGCUUGGCCAAAGGACCUGAAGACUGGGGAUCUAAUUUUCAAGCUGCAAGAGAGUCAUGUAAAUGUACAGAACCUCCUUGUUCAACUUAUCAGAAUACUAAUGUUUAUUCACAGACCUGUCUUGGUUUUAUAAAAGAUAUGGUUGAAAAGAACAUCAUUAUAGUCAUUGGAAUUGCUUUUGGACUGGCAGUUAUCGAGAUUCUUGGUUUGGUGUUUUCUAUGGUGCUGUACUGCCAGAUUGGGAGCAAGUGAACCUGAGCACUUACCAAGUUAUCAUAAAUACCAUUUCCGUUUUUGCUUUGGGUUUGUAACGUUAAAUUCACAAGCACUGUAAAUAUCAGGAGCAAAUGUCUUAUUUGAAUGUCUCGCCUAGGUUGGCUACAGAUAUCUUCACAUAUAGUCAGCAUAUUUAAAUGUGAGGGACAUAAUAAAAAUGGCUGUUUACUUUUUCUCAGAAUAAAAUGUGUUUGUGUCGAA